AUGUCAAGUACAAAGCAACCAGUAAAUGAAGGCGAAUGCAAUUUUAGCAGCCUUAAGCCAAUUGAACCCUUCAAAUACCCUAGCCAAGCUUCAAAAAUUAUUUCGGAAGUCAAUUCAAAUAAUAUUUUAACAUCAUCAGCAGAAAUUAUAGAUUUAAUUAAAACUAACAAAAUAUCCAUCAAUAUGGCAAUUUACUUGAUUAGCGCUUUUUCGGAAAUUCGUGAAAAAGACAUUAAUUUAUUUUCAGAAUUCUAUCAAAAGAUAUCUAACGAAUUCUCAUGCGUCAUCAAGCCGAAUAAUAUUAAAUUAGCAACGCUUCUACAUUAUAAAGGUUUCAAUUUUGAAAAAUUUAAGCCUAAAAUGACAGAAGAAGCAAUUCUCAAUUUAUAUUCAAAAGAGUCUCCCUUAUACUAUAUUGCAUGGGAUUUAGUUGAUGACCUUAAAAGUAAAUUCCCAAAUCUUAAAAUUAACACGAAAGUAGAUGAUGAAAUCAAACCACUUGAUUGUGCAAUUAAAUACGGAUCAGAAUUAUGCUUCAAUUACAUGAAAAAUUUAGGAGCUAAAUACACUAAACACUCUGAAGAAUAUGCUGUUAAAGGAGGAAAUAAAAACAUAUUUAUGCAAAUGGUAGAAGAAGGUGAAUCAUUUAAUAAAAUGAUUAAUACAGCAUUGGGUUAUCAACACUAUGAAAUUGCUGAGUAUCUUAAAUCAAACUUCGGACAAAAUCCUGAUUCAAUAAGAGAAUGCAUGUAUUUUGGAAACUUUAAAGUUAUUUCGUAUUUACUUUCUAAUGGGGCUGACAUCAACAAACCUUAUUAUAUUUUCUUUCUUUUCAUAUUCACAAUUGGUUUAUGA